AUGUCGUCCACCGACUCGAUAAAGGAAUCCGUCGCCGCCAGGCUCCCGCACAUUCCCGAGUCCAAGGAGGAGCUCAAGGCCGAAGUAAAGGCCGAGGCCAAGGCCGUCGCCAGCUCGGGACUGUCGCAACUGCGCUCGUUUGCCGCGGGCGGUUUCGGUGGCAUUUGCGCCGUCGUCGUCGGCCACCCCUUUGAUCUCGUCAAGGUCCGCCUCCAGACCGCCGAGUCGGGCGUCUACAAGAGCGCCGUCGACUGUCUCAAGCAGAGCAUUGCCCGCGAUGGCUUGCGGAGGGGUCUGUACGCUGGUGUCAGCGCGCCCUUGGUUGGUGUCACGCCCAUGUUCGCCGUAUCGUUCUGGGGCUACGACCUCGGCAAGCAGCUCGUCACAUCGUACUCGACGGUAGAAAAGAAUGCCGCCACAGGUCAGCCACAGUUGUCCAUUGGCCAGGUAUCGGCGGCCGGCUUCUUCAGCGCGAUCCCCAUGACGGCCAUCACGGCGCCGUUUGAGCGCGUCAAGGUCAUUCUGCAGGUGCAAGGCUCGCGGCUGCAGCCGGGCGAGGAGCCGCGCUACAAGGGCGGCAUGGACGUGGUGCGCAGCCUGUACCGCGAGGGCGGCGUGCGCAGCGUCUUCCGCGGCAGCGCCGCCACCCUGGCCCGCGACGGCCCCGGUUCCGCCGCCUACUUUGCCGCCUACGAGUACAUCAAGCGCCGCCUCACCCCCAAGGACCCCGUCACCGGCGCCCCCCAGGGCGACCUCUCCCUGCUCGCCGUCACUGCCGCCGGUGGCGCUGCCGGUAUCGCCAUGUGGAUCCCCGUCUUCCCCGUCGACACGGUCAAGAGCAGGCUGCAGACGGCUGAGGGCAACGUCUCCAUUGGCGGCGUCAUCCGCGAGCUCUACGGCCGCGGCGGUGUCAAGGCUUUCUUCCCUGGCUUCGGUCCUGCCCUUGCCCGUGCUGUCCCCGCCAACGCCGCCACCUUCCUUGGUGUUGAGCUGGCUCACCAGGCCAUGAACAAGGCCUUUGGCUGA